CUCUUACGAGCCAAGAAGCCAUAAAUGCCAUCAAAUCAACCACCAAAUCAGCAAAAAUUCCGAUCUUUUAUAGGUCUUUUGUUGUUUUUGUGGUGUAGUUUUUUGUAUUAAUCGAACAAUUUCCGAUUGUUGUAUCUUACUUCUACUACCGAUAUAAAAAAUGCCAGAAAAUCUAAGCGGUGACAUUAAUGUGAAAAAUACAAACUAUGUAUCCCAGACUAAUGAGGAAGAAAGUUCUGAAAAUGAUGCAAAUUUUAAACCUGUAAUAUCAUUACCUGUAAUAAAAGUUUCCAAUAAUGAAGAAGAUGAAGCUGAGAUGGUAAAAUUGCGAGCAAAAUUAUAUCGUUAUGAUACAUCAAGUAAUCCAGCAGAAUGGAAAGAACGCGGAACAGGAGAGAUUAAGUUAUUAAGACAUAAAACAAAACAUACGGUUAGAGUGGUCAUGCGUAGGGAUAAAACUCUCAAAAUUUGUGCUAAUCAUUUUGUAACUCCGUGGAUGGAAUUGAAACCAAAUUGUGGUAGCGAUAGAGCAUGGGUUUGGAGUGUUCUCGCUGAUUAUGCCGAUGAACAACUUAAACCUGAAUUACUUGCAAUACGCUUUGCAAAUGUUGAAAAUGCGACUAUAUGGAAAGAAGCUUUCGAAAAAGCUAAGAAGAUUGUAGUAUCUCAAUGUGAAUUGUACGCUGGCAAAACUAAUUUGCAACAGAAAUGUAUUGAAAGUAACAAUGAGGUAAAUUUCGACAGUGAUGUGAGUAAUAGCGGAAGCACUAGUAAUGAAAACCAAACCAAAUUGUCUAAGCAAACUGAAGAAGAUGAAAAAGAAAUCCAGAAAGAUGCAAUAAAGAACAACGAAGAGAAUGAGUCGGUGGAAGAGAUAACAAAUGAUAUCACAAAAUUAAAAGUUAAGAAUGAAGAUAAGAAAAAAAAUGAAAAGUAGCGAAACAUCAUGUCGAUAAUAUCAUAAAAUUGAAAGUUAAGGAUAAAAAUGAAAAAAAAAAAAAA